ACAAGGGGACUUCCAGUAGUGAAAGGAGGCACCAGGGCCACCGGCACCAACCCAGAAUUUCCUGGGUGAACCAGACACAUGCUCACUCUACUUUUGUGCACUCCAAGCCAGCCACAUGUUGUUACUGCUCCUGAAACACCCUACAUCCUCUCCCGCCUCAGGACCCCGGCACUUACCAUUUAUUUGAAGUUUCUGACCCAGGCACACGUGUGGCUUGCUCACUUAUCUUACUCAAACCUCUCCCCAGAUGCCACUUUCUCAGGGAGGCCCUCUUGCUACCUGUGUUAGUCAGGCUUCGGUCAUUGUAACAAAAUACCAGAGACGGUCAACUGAAAAGGAAGACAGGUUUUUUGACUCACAGUUUCAGAGGUUUCCGUCCAUGGUUGCUUGGCCCUGUCAUCUCUGGCCUGUGGUGAGGCAAACAUCAAAGCAGGGAGCACAGUGUAGAGCAAAGCCAAAGCCACUCACUGCUCACAGGACAGCAGGAAGUAGAGAGGAAGGGGGCUCAGGCCAAUAUCCACUCCAGGGACCUCACUUCUUCCCAUCAGGCUCCAGGCUCCUAAAGGGGCCAUCACCCCCCAGUAGCACCAUGAGCUGGAGACCAAGCCUUAAAACAUGAGCUUUCGGGGGACAGAUAAGAUCCAAACUUCAACACUACCCAGUUUAAACUUUAACCCCUCCCCCUAGCCAGCAUGCCCCAUUUCUCUCUGGUACUUAUUACCAACUGACAUAUUCUCUUUCUCUUCUCUGACUUUUUUUCCCACAGCAUCUCCUUAUGUUGCCCAGGUUGGUGUCAAACUUCUGGGCUCACACAGCCCUCCUGUCUCAGCCUCCUGAGUAGCUGGGACUACAAGUACAUGUCUCAGGCCCAGGUUAACCUACUCUUGACAAAUUCUUUGUCACCUGUCCUCCCUAGACUCCACCAGACUAUAAAAUUGAUGUGAAGAAAUUGUAGAUUUUCUACAUUAACAUAUUUCUAGCACAGAGAACAGUUCCUAGCAUAUAUUAUGUGCCCAAUAAAUAUUUUUGGAACAAAUGAUUUUCUUUUUUUUGAGGCAAGGUCUCGCUUUGGAGCCCAGGCUGGCCUCUAACUCACAGUGAUCCUCCUGCCUCUGCCUCCCAAGUGCUGGGAUUACAGGCAUGUGCCACCACUCCUGGCUGAACAAAUGAUUUUUAAAAAUUAACUCGAACUCCCUUCCACAUAGUUGACUCGAACUCCUUCCAUACACUCCUCCUAGGCAGAAGUUCUGCACAGGUGGCAUCUGGGUUAGACAUCACGAGCCAUUCUUCACCCCACACAGAGAAGCUGGUGCUGGAGGACUCCUUUGGGGCCACCCUGGCUUCCUGGGGUUCUGAGCAGCUUGUCAGCCAGGCAACCUCCAUUGUGAGGUCACUCAGGUUUCCUCCUCACAGAGCCAGCUCAGCAUGGAGUCUGGGCCUGCAGCCCAGCACCAGCGCCUCCAGGCAAAUGCUUCCUUCUCCCUCCCAGCAGCAAGGGCUCAACUGGGAAAAUCUGAGAGCCCACGAGUCCUGGACAGGACCUGAGCCCCCGAGGGGCUGUGGACCAUCGGAGAAGAGACUGUCCUAAGACCCUCCGGGCACCAGCUCGUCCUGCCCCCUCUUCCCCAACUCGAAUGCUCCAGGGCUCAGCCAGGGCCAGGCACCCUCAAGAAUCCUGGAUUUGCAGCAUGGUCGGUCUGGAGAAGAACCCACCCUCAGCUGGUCCCAGGCUGUCAUAGAGCACAGCCUCGAGCUUCUGCCACCCACCGCCAUGUCGAAGACAUCCCUGCUUGGACAGGCCCACAGCAGCCCGCUGGACUUGGACAGCCGGCCCAGGACCCCUGUGGCAAGUGGUUUCUUGCUGGUGAAGCCAGCUCAUUGUCCUGAGGCACUGCGGCGGCGCGCACGCUCACAGGCUGGCCGGCUGCCCUCGCGCUGCCCUCGCCUUGCCCUGACAGGAUGCCUUAUCUCCUCUUCCCUCCACACCCCGGCGCAGACUCUGAUCCACCUGCUGAAGUGCAGCGUCGGCGCUGGGCUCCUGGGGCUUCCCCUGGCAGUAAAAAACGCCGGCCUGUUGGUUGGGCCCCUCAGCCUGCUGGCCAUCGGGAUCCUCACAGUGCACUGCAUGGUCGUCCUGCUGAACUGUGCACAGCACCUCACGCACAGACUACAGAAGACCUUUGUGAACUACGAGGAGACCAUGAUGUACAGCCUGGAAAGCUGUUCGAGCUCCUGGCUGAGGACCCACUUGGCAUGGGCAAGAUACACUGUCAGCUUCUUAUUCAUCAUUACCCACCUGGGCUUCUGCAGUGUUUAUUUUAUGUUUAUAGCACACAGUUUACAACAGAUAGUGGAAGAGGCCCACGUCAUCUCCAACUCCUGCCAGCCCAGAAAGAUCCUGGUGCUGACCCUUAUCCUGGACGUUCGCUUCUACAUACUGACAAUCCUGCCCUUCCUGAUCAUGCUGGCAUUUAUCCAGAACCUCAAGUUGCUGUCCGUCUUAACACUGGCUAACAUUACCACCCUGGGGAGCAUGGGUCUGAUCUUUGGGUAUAUCAUCCAGGGAAUUCCGUAUCCCAGCAAUCUAACCGUGAUGGCAAGCUGGAAAACCCUCUUGCUAUUCUUUGGUAUAACCAUCUUCACAUUUGAAGGUGUUGGUAUGGUUCUGCCUCUGAAAAACCAGAUGAAGAAUCCACAGCAGUUCUCCUUUGUUCUGUACCUGGGGCUGUCCCUUGUCAUCUCCCUGUAUAUAUGCCUGGGGACACUGGGCUACGUGAAAUUUGGUUCAGACACCCAGGCCAGUAUCACUCUCAACCUCUCUAAUUGCUGGCUGCACCAGUAGGUCAAGCUGAUGUACUCUGUCGGCAUCUUCUUCACCUAUGCCCUGCAGUUCCACGUCCUGGCCGAGAUCAUCGUCCCGUUUGCCAUCUCCCAGGUGUCUGAGAGCUGGGUGCUGCUUGUGGACUUGUCCGUCCGCACAGCCGUGGUGUGCCUGACCUGUGAAUAGGACACAGGGCGUGUCUCUGCCGUCCUCAUCCCCACCGCCCUGGCCCUGGCCCUCUCCCUGGUGGGCUCUGUGAGCAGCAGUGCCCUGACCCUGGUCAUACCCCUGCUCCUAGAGAUCGCCACCUUCUACCCUGAGGGCAUGAGCUGUGUGGUCAUCGCAAAGGACAUCAUGAUCAGCAUCCUGGGCCUUUGGGGGUGCAUCCUCGGGACAUGCUAAGCCCUCUAUGAGUUGACCCAGCCCACUGGCCACCCCAUGGCCAACUCCACGGGUGUCUAUGCGUGA